GAAAACUCAGUUUGGUACAACUGCUGAAUCUCAAAAGUCCAGGCUGAAAAAAGAGGGGAUUGUGAAGUGAGCAAUGAUUUGGAGUGCAAGAAAUUCAACUUUCACAGCUCCAGAGUUUCCUAUUUUGGAGAAGCAGAACUGGUUGAUCCAUCUUCAUUAUAUCCGAAAAGAUUAUGAAGCAUGCAAGGCUGUUAUCAAAGAACAACUUCAAGAGACACAGGGGUUGUGUGAAUAUGCUAUUUAUGUACAAGCACUGAUACUCCGCCUGGAAGGAAAUAUCCAAGAAUCCCUAGAACUCUUUCAGACAUGUGCUGUUCUGAGUCCUCUGUGUGCUGAUAACCUCAAGCAAGUGGCCAGAUCUUUAUUUCUUUUGGGAAAACAUAAAGCUGCCACUGAAGUAUAUAAUGAAGCUGCUAAACUUAACCAGAAAGACUGGGAGAUCUCCCAUAACCUAGGAGUUUGCUACAUUUACCUGAAACAGUUCAGCAAGGCAAAAGACCAUUUGCACAAUGCCCUCCUUCUUAACAAGCAUGACCUGACUUACAUAAUGCUGGGGAAGAUUCACUUGCUGGAGGGAGACUUGGACAAGGCUAUUGAAAUCUACAAGAAAGCUGUGGAGUUCUCACCUGAGAAUACAGAACUUCUCACAACUUUAGGGUUACUCUACUUAGAGCUCGGCAGUUACCAGAAGGCCUUUGAGCAUCUUGGAAAUGCACUGACUUACGACCCUACCAACUAUAAGGCCAUCUUGGCAGCAGGCAGCAUGAUGCAGACCCACAGAGACUUCGAUGUCGCCCUCACCAAAUACAGAGUUGUGGCAUGUGCUGUUCCGGAAAGUCCUCCCCUCUGGAAUAACAUCGGAAUGUGUUUCUUUGGCAAGAAGAAAUAUGUGGCUGCUAUCAGCUGUCUGAAACGAGCUAACUACCUGGCACCCUUUGACUGGAAGAUUCUGUUUAAUCUGGGCCUGGUCCAUCUGACCAUGGAGCAGUAUGCAUCGGCUUUCCAUUUUCUUAGUGCAGCUAUCAACUUCCAGCCAAAGAAUGGGGAACUUUACAUGCUGUUGGCUGUGGCUCUGACCAACUUGGAAGAUACCGAGAAUGCUAAGAAAGCUUACGCAAAAGCAGUGCACCUGGACAAGUGUAACCCUUUAGUAAACCUGAAUUAUGCAGUGUUGCUGUACAACCAUGGUGAGAAGAGGGAAGCACUGGUCCAGUACCAGGAGAUGGAGAAGAAAGUCAACCUGCUUAAGGACAGUAUGUCUCUAGAAUUUGACCCUGAGAUGGUGGAGAUGGCCCAGAAGUUGAGAGCUGCUCUACUUGUUGGGGAGGCACUGGUCUGGACUAAACCAGUCAAAGAUCCCAAAUCAAAGCAGCGGACGACUUCAGCCAGCAAAUCUGCCAGUUCCCAGCAGCCUCUGGGAUCUAAUCAAGCUCUAGGACGGGCAAUGUCUUCAGCGGCUGCAUACAGUAAGCUCCCUUCAGGUGCUGGAGGAACACUCCAGCUCACAAAAGAACCAUCUCUUCCAUUAGAGCCUGAUGUGGAAGCUCAUUCAACUGACACAGCAGCACAAAUCAGUGAAAAAUAG